GAGAGUGACUACUUCACCCCACAGGGAGAGUUCAGAGUGGACAAAGCUGGUUCUCCCACCCUGCUCAACUGCCUCAUGUAUAAAAUGUCCUAUUUUCGCUUUGGAGAGAUGCAGCUGGACUUCCGGACGCCUCCGGGCUUUGACAGGACGCGUAACGCCGAGAUCGGCAACAAGGACAUCAAGCUAAGGCACCUGGAAGAAGCCUUCACUUCUGAGCACUGGCUGGUCAGGAUUUAUAAGGUCAAAAAACUGGAGAACAGGGACCGUGUGGAGCACAAGCUGCGCAGCACCGACACCGCCAGGCAGAAGUACACCUCCAAAAAGAUGGCCAAGAGGAAGCGUGGUCACAUCAAGAACAAGCUGUCCAUCAAGAAGGGCAAGAAAGUGGCCAAGAAGUCCUUAUAGGGCCCCCCACCCCCCACCCACCACCACAACAGAGGCAGACUGUGGACAGGAGGGAGAGAAAAGAUCCGACACAAAACUUUCAGCAAAAACACGCAGCAGGAAAAUCCCAGCGACCGACAUGAAUGGUGUUCUGAGCGCCACCUUCAGGUGCGACUUGGAAACUGUACCGUCCUGAGCUGAAGAUCAGGGGGUGUCAGCUCGUCCCCACCCCGAGCCCCCACCACACCAGUUUUGACCUUACAGACUUUGACCUCUUUUUGUUAGUUUGUUUAAUUUGUGUUGCUGGGACGAGAAGAGACGAGUAGUUUUUACUCAUGAAGCUGAGCUCAGUCUGACAGGAAACAUCCGACCUGUUGUAAACAAACCUCCUGAUUGGUCCAAAUAAAGCUGUUCCCAUCCCAGCUUACAGAAAAGUGCUUUGGUUCUCAACUCCCUGCUGUUUUUACAUUUACAGUAAGAGUUUAUUACAGGAGAGCAGACUGUUAUUUACAGUAUUUAGCUUUCAGGUUGUUUGUUUGUUUACAACCUGUUUGAUCAGCUGAUGUUUGACCCCUCAUGACUGCAGUCACACCAGGUGUCAACACUCACUUUCCAGAUGUUCACUUCUGAUUGGAGCUCAGUGACAGACUGUGGUUUACCCAAAUAUUUAUCCCUCCUUCUACCAGAAUACUUCAGAUUAAUGAAACUUUCAAACUUCAAUAAUUCAGCAUCAAGUCUGUUCAGGUCUUCAUGAGGUCUCCUGCUUGGUGGUGGUCCUAACUACACACAGCUGUGUAUCAUUUGAGCCUCCAAUUUCUCUCAGGUGGAUCAUGUUUAAAGGAGAAUGCUUUUUUUCCCCCUCCAAUUCAUUAAUCUAUAAAAUUCAGUUUACUUUCAGUCUGUAAAGCAAAAUAAAUCACUGCGGGGGAUGAGUAUUUGUGUAACCUGCUGUAUAAGAACGAACAAUCUGUUUUUCUUUUUUAUCACCUAGAGUUAAAAGCAGCAGUGAUUUAAAGGRGUUUUUCCAAACUGCAGGUUCACUCAGGAUUAUCUGAGAAUGUUUUAAGUUGACACAUCUUGUGUUUGUUUUGUUACUGUGGGUUUAUGGAAAUAAAAGUCUUGUCUUUUCUGCCUAUCUGAUGAAAAACRCAUUUUAAACCAUGACAGCAGCCGUCACAGAAACCUCACAUUACUGCUAAUUUCAUUUUUGGUUUGGUUUUAACUGAAGCUUUCUUUUAUCUCUGAGUUUUUCUUUUUCUAACGGUUCUGAAAACAACUCGAGUCAGAACGCUGUACAGAACCCAGCACUAGAGGACUGCGUUGGCCUUAAAAUAAACCUGGAAGUCAGAUUAUUUUUUUCCAGAGCUGUGGGUGUAUUUAUUACAUGAAGUCACAUAAUGCAAGUGUUUUACUUGGGUUUGGUUUUUCUGAAAGCGGUUCUUCCAUCAAUUGUAAUGAUCUGGAUGCUGGUGAGAAUGAAACAUGCCUUUUAGAAUAAAGAGGUUAAAAUAAAAUAA